AUGGAUAUGGAGAUACUUAGUUGGAAUUGCCGAGGGAUCUGCAAUGACAUGACAAAGAGGGCGCUGAAGGAUUUAAUUUCCCAGAAUCAUCCUCAAAUUAUUUUUCUUUGUGAGACGAAGAUCAGCACUCUUGCUGAUUUCCGUGAAUUGCACCGGGCUGUUGGAUUUCCACACUCAAAGGAGGUGUUGAGUGAUGGUCUAUCAGGAGGUUUGGCGAUGUUCUGGAAUGAUGAUGUACAAGCGAAGGUUUUGACUUUCUCUGCGCAUCACAUCGAUUUGGAGAUCGUAGGAGGUCCUGGAGAUCCUCGUUGGAGGCUAACGGGAUUCUAUGGGUAUGCUAGGACGAUAGAAAGGGAUCGAUCAUGGCAAUUGCUAAGGGAUUUACGUGAUCUCGAUUCUCUACCUUGGGCUGUUAUUGGGGAUUUCAAUGAAAUCCUGAAUAAUGGAGAAAAGAUUGAUGGUCUGCUUCGAUCGGAACAACAGAUGCGUGGAUUUCGCGAAGCUCUUGGAUAUGGUGACCUUCUUGAUUUAGGGUUUCAGGGUGCUAUGUCUACAUGGUGGAAUUCUGACACACAACUCCGCUCUGUUCCUUUGGCCAAAAGACAACGAGUGCACCGGUUCAAAUUCGAAGCUUACUGGCUUCAGCAUAAUGAUUAUGACGAGGUUGUGAAGCAAGCAUGGGCGACAGACGUGGCUGGAAGUCCUAUGUACUGUGCAACCAAGAAGAUUGAAUUCACAAGGAUACAACUUGAUGAUUGGCAGAAGAGAACCUUUAGGACUAGGCAACAACAGAUGUUGGGGGUGCGUGCUCGUCUUGAGGAGUUACUAGAUGUUCCUGUGUCGGUGGAGGUGCAGAAUGAAAACAAAGAGCUGAUGAGCAAGUUGCAGAGGAUUCUUUCACAAGAAGAAUCCUUCUGGAAGAAACGGUCCAAAGUGACAUGGUUGAAGGAGGGGGAUAGGAACACAAGCUUUUUUCAUCGAAAGGCUGCUAAUAGAAAGAGGAAAAACUUCAUUCAUGGCCUCUAUGACGAGAAUGGGAAUUGGUGUGAUGACGACGCAGGUCUGGAACGAGUUAUCUCUACUUAUUUUCGAAAGAUGUUUACAGCUUCGAAUAUUGAUGUUGAGGCAGUGAACGACACUUUAGCAGCUAUACAACCAUGUGUAACACAGAGGGAGGGUAAUGAAGGUUUUAUGGCCUUGAAGUUGGAUCUAAGCAAGGCUUAUGAUCGCAUGGAAUGGAGCUUUUUGAGAAAAGUUCUAGAUAGGUUUGGCUUUGCUCAUUCAUGGAUUGAUUUGGUGAUGCAAUGUAUUAAUACUGUCCGGUAUUCAUUCUUAGUCCGUGGAAAGCCUCGGGGGCUUGUGAUUCCUAGCAGGGGACUGAGACAAGGGGAUCUUUUGUCUCCAUAUUUAUUCUUAAUUGGAGCAGAAGGUUUCUCUGCUUUAUUGCGCCAGAAACAAGAGUUAGGCUUGCUCCAAGGUAUUAAGGUUUGUGAUGGAGCCCCUUCUGUAAAUCAUCUUUUAUUCGCCGAUCAUAGUAUGUUAUAUGCUCAAGCUUCUUUGGAAGAUUGUUACCAGAUUCAAGAAGUUCUUGAAACUUAUGGGAGAGCCUCAGGACAAUUGGUUAACUUUGACAAAAGUUCAGUGGUAUUCAGUAAAAAUGUGGACUCUGCUAUACAAGAAGAAAUAUCCAGUUUGUUGGGAGUAGAAGUAGUUGCCUCCCAUGACAAGUACUUGGGAUUACCUACUUAUGUAGGGAGAAAGAAAACUGCAACCUUUCAGUACAUUAAGGAAAAUUUGGCUAAGAAGCUAUCUAAUUGGCAAGGGAAGGUGCUUAGUGGUGCAGGAAAGGACAUUUUGAUUAGGGUAGUAGCUCAAGCGUUACCUACCUAUGCUAUGAGUGUCUUCCAAUUGACAAAGAAUUUCUGUGAAGAUUUGGAACAACUUUGUGCUCGGUUUUGGUGGGGAUCUACAAUGGAUAAAAGAAAGAUUCAUUGGAAAACAUGGAAUGCUUUGUGUAAUCCGAAAGAAGAAGGGGGACUAGGGUUUCGCAGUUUGGCUAGCUUUAAUUCAGCGAUGCUUGCUAAACAAGCUUGGAGGCAAAGCACAUAUUGGCAUAUUGGUUCUGGGACAGAGGUCAAUAUUUGGAAUGAUAAUUGGUUGCUAAGCUUGCCUAGUGGUAGGCCUCAUGAGACUGCAGCAGGUCUUGCUGAAGUGUCUCAAGUUUCUGAUUUGCAUACUACUAAUGGUGAUUGGAAUUAUGAUAUGAUUGUUAGAUUGUUUUCUUCAGAAGAAGUGGAGGCCAUUUUAAGUGUGCCUCUAAGUUUGAGAAGGGUGGAUGAUAGACUGGUCUGGAAAUUGGAAAGAGAUGGAAAAUAUUUAGUUAAAACGGCUUACAGGUUCUCCUUCUCUCAUUCUCCUUCUUGUGUACCUUUUGAGCUAUCAGUUAACACUGAUUUUUGGAAAAAAAUUGUGGAAAGUGAAGAUUCCUAA